AUGGCCUCACCCUCAGAGCCUCAAUGGCUCGCGGAGCUUGAUGCUAUGAAAAAAGCAGUAGAAAUGCUUCAGUCGCCAAAUGAGGCUAAUAGUCAGUUUCAUUAUGGUGCAGAUUUGAAUCUUACUGAUGAAGAUUUUUCUUCUCCACCUCCCGAUGAUAUUUGGGAUAUAAUCAAUGACCACUAUGACAGUGCAGACGAUUUGGAUGAUAUUCAUGGUGUUGCAUUGCUAGAAGAGCCCGCGGCUACCAGUACAACAUAUGAUCAGGAUUGGCUUGAAAGCAGAUGCACACUAAUCGCACAACAGAAGGAAGGACUCAGCGCCUCGGAAUUACAACAGCAGCUGAAUGACAUUCUUGCAGGCACCAGUUCCAACGAUGAACUACAAAUGAUACUUGCCGAAAUCGUUGGUUUUGAUCAACUGGAUUUCGUGAUCGAUCUCAUAGCUCACCGCAAGACAGUGUUAUCUUCCUUGACGAAAGCUGGUAAUACAAUUAUGUCUAAACUGCGAACAAAGGCUCAGAGGGACCAUGCCUUGAUAAGACAAGACUAUGAACACAAGAAUGCUCCUCUUGCAGCAAGGCAAGACAGAGAAGGUCCUCAGUACCCACACGUUUAUAAAUCAUAUAACGCUGGGAAUACAAUAUCCGUGAACGGGAGAAAGUAUGGGCUUCCGAUCGGCAGCACGCAUCGAGAAGAGCCUAGAUACACGGAAUACGCGAUUCCAGCCACAAAAGUAGGCGUCUUAGGCGGUGAUCGAAAGCUCGUACCAAUUUCUAGUAUGGACGGAUUAUGUAGGGGCACAUUCAAGGGCUAUCAAACUCUUAAUCGAAUGCAGAGUUUGCUUUAUAAUGUGGCCUACAAGACAAAUGAAAAUAUGCUUAUUUGUGCACCAACUGGUGCCGGAAAGACAGAUGCUGCCAUGCUUACUAUCUUAAACGCCAUUGCUAAAUAUGCCCUUCCGAACCCGGCGGAAGAACCCGAUUGUCAUCAAUUCCUUGUCCAGACGGAUGAGUUCAAGAUCGUUUAUGUUGCUCCUAUGAAAGCUCUAGCCGCAGAAGUAACCGAGAAGUUGGGGAAACGGCUGGCUUGGCUAGGGAUCGAAGUCCGAGAGUUGACGGGUGAUAUGCAACUGACAAAGCAGGAAAUUGUUCAAACCCAGAUUAUUGUCACUACGCCUGAGAAAUGGGAUGUUGUAACUCGGAAAAGCACUGGUGAUACGGAACUAGUGCGAAAAGUCCGCCUAUUGAUUAUCGAUGAAGUUCAUAUGCUUCACGAUGAACGAGGUGCUGUCAUUGAAUCUCUAGUCGCCCGUACCCAGCGUCAAGUCGAGAGCACUCAGUCACUGAUUCGUAUUAUUGGGCUAUCGGCCACCCUUCCUAAUUAUUUGGACGUGGCAGACUUUCUGAAAGUCAAUCGAAUGGCUGGGUUGUUUUUUUUUGACGCUUCAUUCCGCCCCGUACCACUAGAGCAACAUUUUAUUGGGGUGAAGGGUGACCCUGGCUCGAAGAGGUCCCGCGAAAAUCUCGACAUCGUCACUUUUGAGAAGGUUCGAGAAAUGCUUGAACUUGGGCACCAAGUAAUGGUCUUCGUUCAUUCAAGAAAGGACACUGCAAAUACUGCCAAACUUCUUACACAGAUGGCUGCAGAUGAGCAGUGCUCCGACCUGUUUAGCCCACACGACCAUGAAAACUACAGCCAGGCAAUACGUGAUCUCAAGACCAGUCGAGGCCGAGAGAUACGAGACCUUGUUCCGAAAGGGCUAGGAAUCCAUCAUGCCGGGAUGGCAAGAUCUGACCGUAACCUUAUGGAGCGGUUUUUUUCUGAAGGUGUAAUAAAGGUACUUUGCUGCACUGCUACUCUAGCCUGGGGGGUCAAUCUUCCAGCCGCUGCAGUAGUUAUUAAAGGGACUCAGCUCUAUAGCGCUCAGGAAGGAAAAUUUAUUGAUUUGGGAAUUCUAGAUGUUCUCCAAAUUUUUGGUAGGGCCGGCCGGCCACAAUUCCAGGAUACAGGUAUAGGAUUUAUAUGCACAACGCAUAAUAAAUUACAACAUUAUAUUUCCGCUGUCACAUCCCAGGAACCUAUCGAGUCCAGGUUUUCGCGCAAACUCGUGGAUAAUCUUAACGCGGAAAUUUCUCUUGGGACCGUGACUUCUGUAACAGAAGCUGUACAGUGGCUGGGGUACUCAUAUUUAUUUGUUCGAAUGACCCGGAACCCGCAUGCUUAUGGAAUUGACUGGGCAGAAAUCAGAGAUGACCCACAACUGAUCCAACGCCGUCGAGAUUUGAUCAUGAAAGCUGCACGAGUCCUCCAGCAAAGCCAGAUGAUUAUUUUUAAUGAAAGAACUGAAGAAUUGCGUUCUAAAGAUGUAGGAAGGAUUGCGAGCCAAUAUUAUGUGUUGCAGACGAGUGUUGAAAUCUUCAACACGAUGAUGACUCCAAAUGGCAGUGACGCAGAUGUGAUGAAGAUGAUUAGUAUGAGUGGGGAAUUUGACAACAUUCAAUCCCGAGAAACGGAGUUCAAGGAACUGGAUCGACUUCGGCUGGAGGGGCUAAGGACGGAAGUAGAGGGCUCAAAUGAUAGUCCCCAUGCGAAGACUAACAUCUUACUCCAGUCACAUAUAUCCAGAGCUCGUGUGGAGGAUUUUGCUCUAGUGUCUGAUACCGCCUAUGUUGCUCAGAAUGCAGCUCGUAUUUGCCGUUCUCUCUUUAUGAUCGCCUUGAAUCGCCGCUGGGGCUAUCAGUGUCAAGUACUGUUGUCUACCUGCAAAUCCAUCGAAAAACAGAUUUGGCCAUUCCAACACCCAUUUUACCAGUUUGACCUACCACGACCAAUUUUGAAGAAUUUGGACGAGAAAUUUCCGGCUUCCUCCAUAGAAUCCAUGCGAGACAUGGAAUCUGCAGAGCUGGGACAGCUGGUUCAUAAUAAUAGAAUGGGGCACGUCCUCUCCAAAUUGCUGGACAAUUUCCCAACUGUGAAUGUUGAGGCUGAAAUAGCACCGUUGAAUCGCGACGUUCUCCGAAUUCGUCUCCUUCUCUACCCUGAAUUCGAAUGGAAUUUUCGACACCAUGGCACAUCAGAACCAUAUUGGGUAUGGGUCGAAAACUCAGAAACGUCCGAAAUUUACCACCAUGAAUACUUCAUUCUAAACAGAAAGAAGCUUCAUGACCACCAUGAAUUAAACUUUACCAUUCCGCUUUCUGAUCCGCUCCCAAGUCAAAUUUAUGUUCGGGUCAUUUCUGACCGGUGGUUGGGUGCUGAAACGGUCACACCCGUGUCAUUUCAGCAUCUCAUUCGCCCAGAUACAGUCACGACAUAUACCGAUUUACUGGACCUCCAACCGUUACCAAUUUCCGCCCUCAAAAACCCGGCACUCGAGGAAAUUUAUGGCCAAAGAUUCCAAUUUUUUAAUCCAAUGCAGACUCAAAUUUUUCAUACGCUUUAUUAUACGUCUGCAAAUGUAUUGUUGGGUUCUCCAACUGGAAGUGGGAAAACUGUCGCAGCGGAGUUAGCCAUGUGGUGGGCGUUCCGCGAUAAACCUGGCUCGAAAGUUGUCUACAUUGCCCCGAUGAAAGCACUUGUUCGUGAGCGUGUGCAGGACUGGCGUCGUCGACUGGCAAUCCCGCUGGGGCUUAAGCUCGUGGAAUUAACUGGUGAUAACACACCCGAUACAAGAACCAUCCGCAAUGCCGAUAUCAUCAUUACCACCCCUGAAAAAUGGGACGGAAUUUCCCGAAGCUGGCAAACCAGAGGGUACGUGCGACAGGUCAGCUUAGUUAUCAUCGAUGAAAUACACCUUUUAGGCGGCGAUCGUGGUCCAAUUCUGGAGAUCAUCGUAUCCCGGAUGAAUUACAUAGCGUCUCAAUCUAAGGGUUUGGUGCGCUUGCUCGGCAUGUCUACCGCCUGUGCUAACGCUGCUGAUCUUGGUGGCUGGCUUGGUGUCAAGCAUGGUCUUUACAAUUUCCGCCACUCUGUUCGACCAGUUCCUCUAGAAAUAUAUAUUGAUGGAUUUCCUGAACAGCGAGGAUUCUCCCCAUUUAUGCAGUCAAUGAACCGGCCUACAUUUCUUGCGAUUAAAAACCACUCGCCCGACAAGCCGGUGAUAAUUUUCGUGGCAUCGCGACGACAGACUCGCCUCACUGCAAAGGAUCUAAUCAAUUUCUGCGGGAUGGAAGAUGAUCCUCGAAGAUUUGUGCAUAUGUCCGAAGAUGAUCUUCACAUAAAUCUUGCGCGUGUCAAGGAUGAUAUUUUAAAAGAAGCGCUUAGCUUUGGGAUAGGUCUUCAUCAUGCGGGACUAGUCGAAUCAGAUAGACAGCUCGCGGAAGAGCUUUUUGCAAACAAUAAGAUUCAACUGCUGGUGGCAACUAGCACUUUGGCAUGGGGUGUUAACUUGCCAGCACAUCUCGUUGUCGUGAAGGGAACGCAGUUUUUUGAUGCCAAAAUAGAAGGGUAUAGAGAUAUGGAUUUAACGGAUGUUUUGCAAAUGCUAGGUCGUGCGGGCCGUCCGCAGUUCGAUUCUUCUGGUAUCGCUCGCAUCUUCACACAAAACUCAAAAAAGGCGUUCUAUAAGCACUUUCUUCACACCGGUUUUCCAGUUGAAUCUACUCUACAUAAAGUUCUAGAUGACCAUAUUGGCGCCGAGAUCUCCGCUGGAACUAUUGCAACAAAACAAGAUGCUCUUGAUUACCUGACUUGGACUUUUUUCUUCAGGCGGCUCUAUAAGAAUCCAUCAUACUAUGGCCUCGAUAUACCACCAGAAGAACACAACACCAUUGCCGCUCAGCAAAUGGCAGCUGAUUUCAUGAUUAAACUGGUGGACAAGUCACUCAGUGAGCUUGCUGCGUCUUCAUGCAUCCUCUUCGAUGAAACAUCUGGAUUUGUGGAUCCCACUCCGUAUGGAAAGAUCAUGAGUUAUUACUAUAUCUCUCAUAAAACAGUUCGCUUCUGGAUGUCUCGUGUUAGUACUAGCCCUACAUUCGCAGACGUCCUCGGGUGGAUGUGUUCUGCUACAGAAUUCGACGAGCUUCCUGUUCGCCACAAUGAAGAGCUUAUCAACGCGGAGCUUGCAACUAAUCUCCCCUUACCGAUAUCUGCAGUUGGUACCGAUAUGCCAUUGUGGGAUCCUCACAUCAAGGCUUUCCUAUUAUUGCAAGCAUUCAUGUCUCGCAUCGAUCUCCCAAUCUCCGAUUAUGUUGGGGACCAAAUAUCAGUACUUGAUCAGGGAAUUCGUGUUAUUCAAGCAUGCAUAGAUGUUCUUGCCGAGCUCGGCUAUGCUAAGUCCUGUUGGAUGUUAAUGACUCUGCUGCAGAGCAUAAAGGCAGCAAGAUGGCCAGAUGACCAUCCUUUAUCUAUUUUACCAGGGGUAAACCCCGAACUUCAGGAGCUUAAGGACAAAAACAAUACAAAAAUCCCCAAUUCCCUCCAAGAUGUGAUAUUGUUACCGCCAAGUAAACUGGCUGAUUUAACAGAGGCGCUACACUUAGAGUCAUCAACAGCGAAAGACUUCACUGCGGCCGUCUCUCUUCUACCUAAUAUCAAGGUGACUGUAGCUGAAUUCACCGACACUGGCUUGGUCGUUCAGCUCGAUCGUCGACCUGCAGCAUCUCGCCCACAAAAUCCUCUUCCGCAGCAUAGUGGGGGAAUCCCAAUAUAUGCACCCAGAUUCCCGAAAUCCCAAACCGAAGGCUGGUUUGUUACCAUUACAAGCAGCGAAUAUCCAGGUGCAAAUGAAGAACUACUUGCUCUAAAACGUGUUUCUUGGGAGAACAAAUAUCAAAACAGAGAUAGGGGUAAUAAUGUAAGUCCGACAGUAAGGACAAAUAUCAAGCUUUUCUCAGACAAAAAGAGCGGGGGCAGUAAUAAUGCGGAACAUUUAAAGGGAAAGAUGAAGGUGAAGGUUGUGAGCGAUGCCUAUCCUGGACUUGAAUGGGAGUUGCAAUGUUAA